AUGAUCUUUGAUCGUGAGGCGCGUGAGAAUCAUCAAAACCAGUCCAAAAAUAUCAAGGAUGAUUUUGCGAAAUGCUCCUAUUUAAAAACAUGGGCUGAUGAAAGGGGAGAGAGUGACAGCAUGUGCGAUGCCAGCGUUAAUUUGGAGGACGCUGCAGAAAACCUGAUUGCCGCUAUCAUCGGAGACUCUAUGGAGUUGGAGGGCAUCAAAAUGAUAACGCUUGUUUUGUCGCACCUCCCAAAGCUCAACUUGAACGACUCUCUUGGUUCCUCACUUGUAAGGUCCAUACGCAUGGUGCUUGGUGGCCAACACGAUAGGAGCCAGUUGCUGAUAGUCAACGCUGCUAUUCAACUAUUUAUUCUUUUGUUUGAAGGCGGAAGUCUUUUCUGGCUACAUCAGAAAGAUGGCUUGUUAGUUGAGCUGCUUGAAGAGGUUGUUGUCUUGCUACCAUUUACUCCUGUGCUUGCGGUGCGACUUGCAGCGAUACUGGUCCGUGAGACGCAAUGGGCUCUACCGGUGACACCCCGUAUUCUUAAAGCGAUGGUGCAAGCAUUUGAAAUGCUAAUGGGGGCCAUUGGAAAAUCUAAUGUAGCAUUCUCGGCUAUCGCACAUAUGCUAACAGACCUGAUCAGGCCAUUAUGGUCAAACCAUCUCACGGGAGAACCACGGCACCAAUUGACAGCUAUGGCCUUCGAGUUGCUCGCAUCAAGACACGAGACAUCGCCGGCACUUCAUCGUCUUGUCGCCACAUUGCUUUCUCUGGAGAUCACUGAAUGGUGUGUGGCAGAAUGUGCUUCAAACAACGGGCUUAUUUCGAAGCACUCGCAAACAGUUUCACUAAAGUUCCUUGAUUUGGAGAGCGAAACAGGAUUACGCAUCUUACUAGAUGCGGUCAAUGGCGUCAACGAUGGGCUUCGCUCCAAGUGGACUGCCCUUGAUGUAAAGCUUCCACCGCCCACUGCCGAGUUGCUUCGUCGAAAUGGCGUGCUGCCAUUCUACAUUGCACUUGCCUCACGGUGGAGGCAGCUAACCCCAGCGCUUCCAGCCAUCAUUUCUCUGCUCUCAUGGGCAGAAGACAGGGACAGUUGGCGCGCGAUUGCCCAUCAUUUGCUCUCUGUAUCAAAUGGCCAUUUCAACCUUGAAAGCCACGAAAAUGUUACCCAGCUUGGAUGGCAAAGUCCUCCGCAAACCAUCGAGAGUGAACAAAAUACUCACACUGACACACAGUUUGUUAAGAAAACAAUCGAUGUUAUUUCUAGAAACUCUUCACCUGUAGACAUCUGGUUGGUGUUAGAGCUUGCCAUUCAUUUUGAAACAGACAUCGAGUUUAUUCGGCGUCUUAAUCAUUUGAACAGCUUAAGUCGGUUUGUUUUUCCAGACCAAGAGCUCGAUCCCGCCUGUGUUGAGGAUCAAAAAAUCUCACAUGAACACGUCGUCUUACAAUGGCUUUAUGCGCGGUCUGUGAAGACUUCCGAAGCCAGUUUUCGGCCUUUGUUAAUUUCUCCAUACGACGGGCCUUUGGCAGUCGUGUCACCAUCCAGGGUUACACUUUUACGAGAGCGUUUGGGUAAAGAGACAGAUCCUCUUAUUUCUUUAUUCACGGACCCUUCUUCUUGUGCUAUGUCUCACUUUCAGGGUGAAGUUUCUGCGAUGGAAUCCGGUACCAGAACAAAGACAGUUUCACUUUCACAUCAAAAGUUUGAUAUUCCCAUGUUAGAUGCAUCCUUGAAAGAUCAAAAAGUACCUUCAGAUAUGUCCCUUGCUUGCAUCAGAGUGGGACUUGCAGCGAAGAUGCUUCUCGAUACUGACCCUACGCAUCUACCCGCUAUUCUCGAUGUCCUUCUCUCGCUUUUCGAACAAAAAGACACGUGUAAGAUGUUCAUGGAAGAAAUAAUUGAACACUGGAUUCUUGAGACUGUUUUAUUUGAUGCACUACAUACAAAUAAUAAGUCUUUGACCCCGGCUCCAUCUGCCUCCGCAUCAUCUAAUUCGCCUACUUCUGUUCCCCCGAUGUCGGUUGCUUUAGCCCUUGAAGUGAGGACAUGGAUACAGACCCAAAACAAACGACGCAGUUCAAUACCUCACCCACGCAGCAUGAGUGGGUUAGAACUACGUUUAAGCCGGCAUACCGGCACAAUUUCGGAGAAUUCUCAUUUUAUUCGUGAUCUAAGACUCGAUGUGUAUCUCGAUACGAGUCACCAAUGCACUGAAAUUGAAAAUACAUCAGAUGUAUUCGAUGGGUACUCUCGUUGGAUCAUGUGUCGAGCUCUCGCUGUAGCAGGUCCACAUGCUUGGAUUUCAGAACUACAGAGCUCGCUCAGAGCAAUGGUGCCUAUUAGCCGUCUGCAAAUUCCGCUUUUCCAUGUCGGAGAUACCAAUAUCAUUGAUGGUGACAGCGAACUGUCUUCUUAUGUCUCAUUGGAAGGCAUUGCUUCUCCAUGGAGCGACACCAUUUGUUUAAGACAGCUUUUAAGUGUCCAUGGGGAUAUCGGUUUCUGGCUACGACGAGCAGAAGGUGAGCGGCAGUUUGGGGCUUUUAUGGCGAUGCUACUCUGGGACAGCAAGUGGCGAGCCUCUUUGCUCAAAAAUACCUCCAUCAGCAACGAUCGGGAUUUGAUGCGACAUCUUCUUAUCUCCAGCCUCGAUGCAACUAUUGCCGUCCUGCUCCUUCUUGCCGGAAAUAUGACGACAAUAGAGAUGAAAGAAACUAGCGUCUCCACAACUGUUGACGACGGGCGGUUGCGCACAGCAUUGGGGCAGCUCGUGCGGGCUGUUGCCCUCGAUUCGCCUGAAGCGCUGUUUACGACGUCGACGACGCGAUGUUGGCGCGUGUUAUGGAUACUCCUCUCGGGACGUCAUCAUCCGCUUGUUGAAGCGAUUGCAAUGCUUAAUCUGGAUCUUGAGAACUGGCCUAGAUUGCAAAGUGCUGCGUUAAACGCCUUUACAACUCUUGACCCUGCUUUUACAGCUCACGCUUUACCACAGCUACUGCUUAAAACGGCCCCUCUGGAUCCACUCGUGGGAGAAAUUUCAAGCACAAUUGCAGGGGAACCUUUCAGUGUACUUCGGCUCAUUCUCUCUGCCUUUCUGAUGGGUGUUACACAGUCAUUGCGUCUUUCAGCUCCAACUAUCGAUAUUGUUGUCGAAGAAACAAGAAUGGCAUUGCUGGAGGCUAUACCUGAGCUUUCAUCAGAUGAUGCCGCUAAAGCAAAUCAUUAUCUUGCGUGCUUUAGGGGCGCUCGUCGCACCAGAAAGUCUUCAGGCACCAUUGCGGACCUUGCGGAUAAAAUUUCUCAAGUUCUCCUCCCAGGGCCGUCAUGGAUAUGUACGCUUAUUUCUGCCUCUGGAGCACAGUUCCUGGUUCAUGCAUUGCGCGCAGCCAUUUGUACCUCCUCUGAUAAGUAUGAAUAUCAAAAUAUUGAUUCACUUCUGACCGGCGAAGAUCCAUUGGAUUCUAUUGCGGAUCGCAAAUCUUACAACAGUGCUAACGAUGUGCCAAAAAGUGAGCUUGGAAAUGGCUUUGGAUUUCUUCUCGUACAGCUUUUAGUGCAUAGAUGGCCAGAGCUUGUUACCAUGCAUUUAGCGGAUGCUCCCUCGUCGGUUAAACUUACCAUCGGCAGGAUCCUCAUCAAAUUAGAGCUUUCACGCCGAAGGCUGACUGCAGGUGGAACUGUCUCUGCCAUUUCACAAACGGCUUCAGAUUCAUACCAACCCCUUUUGCAAAUGGCGCUUCAUCAGUCACAGACUUCUAUGGGUUGGAAACCCGCAGAGGCGCUCUUUCUACUGCUUUCUUCUCGCGAGACGGAUCCUAUUGACAUGGCAGAGUUUUUGUGUAUCGAAGAGGCCUUGCUAAUGAAAAUGCCUGAACUUCUAGGUAACGACAUCCUUGCGAGCCAUUUGAUGGCGACAGAGAGUCGGCACGGAGGACCACCUUCGCAUCUUCUCACCAACUGGCGCAUGUCUGAGGUGGUUCCAGAGCACAUGGAAACCUAUAUCCCAUCCAUUCAAACCUCUUUGGCAUCUGGAUUGCCCGUUGUAGCCUCGUCUUGUGCAUUAGAGCGUUCUCUUAGUGAUGCACACCAUGCAUGGCGACAGGGGCAUGCCAGCUGGGCUAUUGCUCUGUUGCAACAUGAUUUAGGUUCAUGUAAACAUCUUGAAGUGAAACGAGAUCUGCACCCGCUUCCAAGCCAAAAGCAAAAGCCGCAAAUGGGCUCGACCAGGCUGUUUGAUUCUGCGAGCGCUAGCUUAACACACAUCGAGGCCAUACUGACACUAACCAGAUGGACUGCAGAGGCAAGGGCUGCAGGUCCCGCUACUAUUGAUCGGCUUUAUCGCCGCGCAGAAGCAGCAUACUAUGAGGCUGGAGGGCCGCCUCCGUUUUAUAGACCGUUAUCAGAAGACAUCGCACUUUCUCAUGCCAAAAAAGAUGCCAUGAAAGACGCCAUGAAAGACGCAGCACCUUUUACAAAAGAUGUGUUUUAUUCUCUUGGAGCACUUGCCGGCGCGCCACUUUAUUCUGCCUGGGGGCUAUGGGCGGAUGAUAUGGCCCGUAAAACCAAGGACAUGUCUCUUAUUGCCACUGCUCUACGUGCCUAUGCGGGAUCUCUGAGCCUGCAAUCUAGAAAUAUUGAUACACCUGUUCGCGAGAAUGCAAAUCUCGACAGCAAUGGACAUAAUCGACAUUUUACAAAUGCGCUGUUGCUAACCUUACGGGUAGCCCAUCUCUGGUUCAGGGAAGGUGAUCGAGUCGAUGUUUACAUCAGGCAGUGGUUUGGCGACGAUGGCAUAGUGACUCCAGAUAUUUGGCUAGUACUCGUACAUCAACUUGCCGCACGUCUUGGGGCAAAGUCUGCGUCUAAAAGCUCUGAGAACGAUCUUCUGAAUCUUUUCGAGCGCGAUGCUGCAGAUAAUCAAAGUUCGAAGCCAGCAUUGGUUCACAUAUAUAAACGCAUGGCUAUAGCGCAUCCAUUUUUGGCGCUUUAUCCACUCUUUUACGUGCUUGGUGGGCCAACAAAGGCAGAGACUGGCGGGGCAUCUAGUGGAGGUGCAGCCGCACAACUAAUGGUGGAAUUAGCAGCAGGACCCAUUGCGGCAGAGCUCAGAGCAGCAAUCCAACUCGCCGAAGCCUCCGUAGAGCUUGGAGUACGGUUGCCACCCACUGGAUCUGGUAGCAAUUUUUCUCUCGAUAGCUCUUGGUAUGCGGUCCGUAUCAGCAGGAGCGGUGGGCUUGCUGCCCCCGUGUUGACAGCCACUUCUAAGACACCUACGACUGAUAAAUGGCCGCUAGUAGUUGGCUGGGCAGAGCGUGGCCGUGUCUUGAACGGCAUCAACGCACCAAAAGCCCUCGAUUGCUAUGGUAGUGACGGGCGCUCUUAUCCUCAGCUUUUUAAGGCACGUGAUGAUCUACGACAGGAUGCACUCGUACUUCAGGUGAUGCAAUGUUUGGGCGAUGCUAGUGAUGCUAGUCGUCGUGGUGGUGGGAUUUCCACACAGCUUUAUCCCGUUAUUCCGCUGCAAAAGUUUGUAGGUGUCAUUGGGAUGCUUUCAGAUACACUUGUUCUUGGGGAUUGGCUUGUGGAUGCCCAUCGGCGACUACGCCCGAAAGAUAUGCGACCAGAGCAAGCUACUCGUUUGAUGGCAGAUACUUUUCGACGCAAUGGUUCCAAAAAAGCAGAGCUUCCUCGUUCUGGUGCCAAUUUAACCAUCUCUGGUAGCACCCAUGAUUGCGCAGAUAUGCUGAGAUCGACUUUCCAGACUGUUCGAAGCUCAUUUGCACCGGUUCUACGCCACUUUUUCUGGGAAGCUAAUGGAUGCAGCUGGCGAGAAGGUGGUGCGCAAGGCUGGCUUCAAGCCCGCAUUGCUUAUAGUGAAUCUGUUGGUGUUUCCUCGAUGCUCGGCUGGAUGGUGGGGCUGGGAGAUCGCCAUCCGCAGAAUAUUCUGAUCUCACGCGAGUUGGGGACUCUUUGUCACAUAGAUCUCAACUUGAUCUUUGACGCAGGACAGCAAUUGAAGAUUCCAGAGCUGGUCCCUUUCCGCUUAACACCAGACAUCUGCGAUGGGCUUCUGCGUCCCUGGCGCAAUGAAAUGACCAGACCUGUGCGAAGCGCUUCUGAAUCCAGCACAAUUUCUGGAAGCAUUCAUUCUGCCAUCUCCGGCUGCAAAUUUUUCCCUUCUAGUUCACAAGUUUUCCUCCCAGAUUCAGACUCUAAAUCGACUCGUUUUGACGAUGAUCUAUUUCUGCCGUUGGGAAUUUUUGGGAGAGUCGCUUCAAAAACCUUACUGGCAUUAAGGAGCCGAUCUGAGCUCAUUUGCAUGCUCUUCGAAGCAUUCCGCCAUGACCCUCUUUAUGUACAAUCUCGCAAUUCGCCUGCAGAUGCUGACAAGGACUUGGCGCGACUGCGCGAGAGACUAGCAUCGACCUCGCUAUUGAGCGCCGAAGCUCAAGUCAACGCUCUUGUUCGAGAGGCAAUUGAUGAGCGCUCGCUUGCCGCCAUGUAUCAUGGUUGGCAAGCCUGGAUGUGA